AUGAGGAUAGGACAGUCGAGCUGGGUGCUGCUGGCAGUCGUGCUACUGUCCCCGAUCCAUGCCGCGAAGAAGAACGCCGAUAAUGCCGGCGACGGUGAGAAAGCUCAGGGGAAGAUAUCGGCGUCUCUCAAGCUCACCGAUGAGGACGUCAAGAACAGAACGAGCAAAGCGAUGAAGAUGCCAGAGAAGCGGGAACAAAUUGGCGAGGUAAUACCGAUAAUACGUAGCAUGUCGCCGCCGCAGAAGCUGGCAAUGGCGACUCUAAUCUCCACGAGGAUAUCCAACAACGACACGACCUCACCGCCGCUCGAGGAAGUCCGGACUCUUUUCGGUGGCGGCAACAGAGAGAACGCGAGCAGGGAGCUAAUGCUGCCGAUCAGCAUGGACAUAGCGAAAAUUAUAUCCAACGAUUCCGACUCCGAGGAGAGCGAGGAGUCGGACGAGGACGAGGUGCCCGAGGCGUUACCGGAAGCUCAAGAGCUGCGGCUGGUCAGGCCCCAGGAUCGACGGCGACCAAUAUUCGUUAAACCAGUGCGAACCAUCGUGAGGCCGUCUCUCCCGAACAGGCGGAACGUUUACACAGGUUUAUCGAGGCCGUCCGUGAUGCGGCCGUCUAAACCGAAACCGAGCGAUCCGAAGAGGAGGCCCACCGAGAGCGAAUGCACUUUCUUCACGAAGACGGUGUGUCUCGAGGCCAACGAUUAUCCGCAUGAGGCGAUAAUAAGAAGUUUAAGGUCCAAUAAGGAAAUGGUAUCCGCAUUGUUGGCCGAUUACAAGGCGCAAGACGGAAGUGCGGAAGAAAAAUUGCCAAGCGCCCUACCGUUGGAGAACAGAUACGAGAGCAACGAGAUUAAAAGACGAUCUGACAAUCCCUUCGACAACGUGGAGGAGGGUUUCACUUGUCCGUCAACUGUCAAAUACGCUCGCCCGCAAUUAGCGAGAGCCGCUUCCGGGGUAUGGAAGUACAUAAUAAACACAGGUGAACACACCCAGACGAUACGACUGGAGAAAUGCUCCAAUCCACAGUCAAGUUGCUCGUUUAUCUCGGAAAACUACCGUUCCUCCUGCGUGCAAAUCUACAAUUACCACAGACUGCUGACCUGGGAUCAGAAACUGGGACUACACAUGGACAUAUUUAAAGUGCCGACCUGCUGCAGCUGCCACGUGCACGGCUACUCCGAGAUCUUCCCGCCGCAUCAGAAAGAUCCCCCGACGAAGCCCAAGGAAUCGUUCCCGGGCGCGGAUUUCGCGACCAUCAACGAUCAAAAGGACGACUUCCAGGAUCUCAACAAGCCUGUCAAUCUUCUCAAUCACGUCACCAAGUACUCACCCACCUUGAGCUUCGACUCCAGCCACGUGUCCAGCAACAAGAAGCCGGUGCUGGAGAUCAAUCCGACGAGCAGGCCCAGCUUUACUCUGUCUAGACCUAGACCGAAGAAGCCCGCGCCGAUCCCGCGGCCGUACGACAAAUUGCCGCAACAGCACGCGCCCAACACGCGAGCACCGGGCUACAAAGGUCCAUUGACCAAGAGCAGCAGGCCCAACCGACUCACCAGGCCGCCUUUCAGACGGGAGUCCACCGUCCACGAGGACUACACGGAGAAUUCCCGUAACAGCACGGUCAACCGAUACAGUCAGCCGUACGAUCAGGACGUGGAUGCCACGUCGAGGCUGCAGAACGGGGGCUUCGACGACGAGUACCAGGAGCCGCAGAGGAGAAUCAAUUACAAUUAUCACCCAAUCAUAGACUUUUUCAAGCCGGAAGCUUCCAUGUUGCAAUCCGCGGAACCGCAACUCGCCACCCAGCCAGCACCGGUCCAAAGCGACAAUAACGCGUGGAAGCCGAUGAUAUCUUAG